AUACCCCCCCCCACCCCCCACAUUGCUAUAAGCCUAUAGCCUCUAAACAGCCUGAAGGCUGCAGAUAUAUGUGUUGAUAGUCCUUUGAAGGUGGGGCAAGUGGCAAAUUUGUGGGUCUUGGGUCCCCUCCCUUACCGUCCCUCUCUUUUUCGUUGCUUUUCGUUUUGCAGAAGAUAUUGUCUGCAUUCUUCUGUAAAACUAAAACCCCAAUAUAUACAACUGCUCAUGGAUAGUGAUAUAUCUUGGGAUGCUUUACUUUCUUUUUCCUAUUCUCUUUAUUAUCUGUUCAUUCCACUAUUUUCUGUUCUUCUCUGAAACUCCCAAAAAAAAAGAAAAAAGAGAGACUGUAAAAGAAGAACCACUCAGCUUUUCCUGCAGACUUAUUAUAUGGUCUAUGCCAAACUGGAGUGCUUUCAUUGCAAGUACGAUUAAUGCUCUGAAUGCUCUUAAGAUUCUGAAACCCAAUAUGCCUGGAGUACUGCAUUCGUUCUUGGAGAUGGGAUAUUAAGGGAAGCUAAUUAGCCAGUGAAAUUAAGCUUUUUUUUGCUUCUGGGGGGUGAUCAAAAUGUCUGCAAAGCUUUUGCGUUCCUUAACGGAUGAAAACCAAGAUCUACAGAAGCAGAUUGGGUGCAUGAAUGGCAUUUUUCAGCUCUUUAACGGCCACAAUUUCCUCAAUGGCCGACGCGUGAGCAGCCACAGCCACAGCCACAAGAGACUUCCUCCAGGGCAAAAUAGCAACCGCGCAUCGCAGCCAGAUAGUGCAUUACAGAGAGCUACAGAAAAAGAUCGGAACAAGUUGGUGAAAGAGAGAGAGAGAGUCUCCAAAGAAUCAUCCAAAACCUCUCUUUCAUCUUCCUCAUGUUCAUCUGGCUUCUCCUCUAUAGAUCAGUAUGACAAAACAGCAUCUUCGUUUAAUCAACCCAUUUUCCCUGAAACCCCCACUCGCCCCAUGAAAAAAACAAACGCUCCUUUGCAGUUAAGCCAGCAAUCCCCUGAUAUCCGAUAUGUUGUUAAAGAUUCUAUCUACAGAGAAGCCCGUGCAUUAUCAGUAAAAACUGCUGGUAAAGAGGAAGCAGUGGUGAGUACCUUGGUAUACAUAGAUUCCCCAAGGCCUUUGCAGCCACCCAAACCUGUCAAGCCCAGAGCUUCCAGUCUCGAUGAUUCAUUUCGCGUUCUUGCUAAACACCGGGAAGCAUCUAGGAAUUACCAGGAAGAGAAAGAUGGUCGUAAGCUUUCAUCACUGAAGGAUGCUCCCCGGCUCUCUUAUGAUGGAAGGCUAUCACAAUAUGCUUGCAAGUCCACCAUAAAGCUCAAAGAACUACCAAGGCUAUCAUUGGACAGCAGAGAAGGCUCCAUAAGGGGUACUACCUCUGAAACAAAAUCAAAUUUUCUUGUGAAGGAUCUGCAGAGAAGGAAUGGGAACUCCAGCAAGAUGCUUAACCAGCAGCAAGAACCAGAAAGUUCCACACGAUCUUCCAGCGUUGUUGCAAAGUUGAUGGGAGUGGAAGCUUUCCCACAGUCAACGUGGACAAGUGAGAAUCCAUCAGGGAUUAUUAGUAGCUGCCGAACAGAUAAAUCUGUUCCCUUCUCAAAAGCAUCAAGAACUGAUGGAAACAAGCAAAAUCAAAUUUCUGGGUCCCCGAGGAAGGACCCCAUCUUAGCCAGGUUGAAAAAUGUUGAAUCAGUUAUGCGGCCCACCUCGGCUUCAAGGUUUCCAACAGAUCCAGCUCCAUGGAGGCAGCCAGAUGGGAGCAGAGAUUCUCAACAAACAAAUUUCAAGUAUGAGGAAGGUACCACAAAAGCCUCAAACUCCUCCCUCUCUGUUUAUGGUGAAAUUGAACAAAGGCUGGCCAAACUUGAGUUCAAAAAAUCUGGAAAGGAUCUCAGAGCUCUUAAACAGAUACUUGAAUCAAUGCAGAAGACGAAAGAAGCAUUAGAUACCAAAAGAGAACAGGCUUCCAAUUUUGCAUCUCAAACAAGCAACAGUAGCAGUUCUCAUCAAACCUCAAAUUUAGCAAGCCCAAGAAAGCUACAAAAUAAGGACCCAAUUUCUUCCACAGUCAAGGGGUCUCAUUCUCCAAAGAGUUAUAAAUCCCCAACAGUCAUCAUGAAACCAGUUAACCUUAUCAGAAGAACAUGUGAUCAUGCUUCCACCAUAAUUCCAACUGAAAGUAUGUCAGGUCUCUGCAAGCAUGGUGACACUGCAGACGGGAGAAAGGUUGACAUGCGAACAGCUAAAGAUAUAACUCCAAGAAGCAAUCAUCUAAAAGACCAUUGCAGUCCACCGUCUCGCUCCACAGAUAAGAAAACACAUGCAAAAACUUCAAAAUCAACAUCAGCCUUAAAGGUGCCCGGACACAUCAUUGGAGAAAAAAAGACAAGCUCAGUUACUGUGAGCCCGAGACUGCAACAAAGGAAUUUCAGAUUGCAGCAGGAGUCACCUCACACCAUCUCGUCAUCAGAUUCAAGCAAGAUCAUUAGCCAAUGUACAAGACAACCAACAGGAUCAAACUCACCAGGUAGAAAACUCAGACUAAAAUCUCACAGUUUGCAGCAAUGCAAUGACCAAUUGAGCAAGACCAGCAGUGACAUGAGAGAUUUAAGUCACCAAGGUGACACCGUUUCUCUGCAAUCUGAGAGCAACAUUAGCUCAGGCUCUCAUAUUGACACACAAGUUACAAGCACCAAUAAAUCUGAUAAGAUCAAUACCACCUUCUUCCAGCACUAUUGCCAGAAACAAGAGAAUCCAGAAGGGUUCGGCAAAGACAGGUUGAUGGUAGAACCUGCAAUAGCUACCUUGGAACAACCAAGUCCUGUCUCUGUUCUUGAUGCUACAUUUUACAGAGAUGAGUCGCCAUCUCCUGUGAAGAAGAUAUCAAAUGCCUCUAAAGAUUAUGAGGCUCUAAAUCCUGAUGAAGCGGAAUGGAAUCCAGGAGAUCUAGCUCAAUUGCAGAAGAGCAGACAACCAAGAUUCAGUGCUGACAUUGAUCAUAAGAAACUAGAAAACAUCCAGCAUUUAGUACAGAAUCUUCAGCAAAUAAACUGUACUGAAGAGGAACCCACCACCAAUUACAUUGCACACCUCCAAGAGGGCACAAAUUCAGACCACAGGUACAUUUCAGAAAUAUUGUUAGCAUCAGGUGUCCUUAGAGAUCUUGACUCUGGCUCGAUGACCUUUCAGCUCCAAGUUGACGGCUACCCCAUUAAUCAUAACUUGUUGCUUGCAUUGGAACAAAUUAAGGCAAGUAAAGGGAUCUUAAAUGAUAAACAAAGUGAUAAAAGGAUUAUUAAGUCAGAACCUGCUGAGAACAUUCAAAGACUACUGAUAUUUGAUACUGUUAAUGAAAUUCUAGCUCGUAAGUUACUGUUGGGAGGUCCUCCCCAGCAGUGGUUCUCACCAAAUAAGCUAGGAGGAAGAAAAACAAGAGGGCAGCAGCUUCUGGAAGAACUGUGUUCAGAGGUAGAUCAGAUACAGAACAACAACUUGAACAGAAGCCUAGAGGAGGAUGACAGUUUGAGGAGCAUCAAAUGGGAAGAUUUAAUGCAUCGAUCAAUGGAUUGGACAGACUGCCACAGUGAAAUUCCCGGGGUAGUUUUGGAUGUUGAAAGGUUGAUCUUUAAAGACUUAAUAACUGAAGUUCUGUACAGUGAGGGAGCUGGUCAGCAAGGCCGACCUGGUAGGCCUUGCAGGAAGCUGCUUUCCAUGUAGGGGUUUUGGUAACAUAGUUUUAGAUGAGAUUCAAUCUUCUUCUUUUUUUAGAUGGUUGGAGUUUUACUCUUUAUAAAAUCCCAAUAAUACUUGAGUAAGAAUGUAGCUCUUUGCUAGCCUGUAAAUCUCCAUUUGAGGCUUAUAACAUACAGGUAAAUUAUAGUCA